AUGGGAAGACAGCCCCGAAAAAGUCGGCCUGGCGACGAGGAAUCUCAAGGACCUCACCCCCUGCUGGCGAAACGCGAGGACGGACAGAGCUUUGGGGUCAAGCUGGACGGACUGGACUCUGCGGCGCACGGGCUGCCUGGCAACAACGAGGCGGCUCUGGAGCCGAGGAAGAGCAGGAACGGCACCAGGGGCGCCGGCGGUUCCGUCCCCAAACCUGGCAGAACCGAUAAAGGACUGCCCAUUCAUCACAAGAUAGACUUUGGCCUCCGCCCCAACAGAACCCGAACCAAGUCCCCGGCCAGGUCCGGUGCCAGAGCGGGGUCCGCCGCCGCCGCCGCCCGCCCCGGCCAGACCCCCAAGGCGCUCUCGCUGGACCCGCCCAGGAAGCUCAACCUGACGGGCAGCUACGGCGUGCUGAAGCUGAUCUCCAAGGAGAACCUGGUGCGGAUCGUCAACUCGCAGCUGCAGAGCGUGGUGGGGUUGAGCCUCCAGGGCAAGGCCAGCCGCAGCAGGAAGAGGGAUCUGAUCGACGUGGACCGCGGUGCGGCGCCGGCAUCGGCACCGGCGGCCUCCAAGGGGAAGCGGCAGGACCGGGCGGUGGCCUCGGAUCUCUACGGCGGCUCGGACAACCAGACGGAGGAGCCGCGCGCGAGCGCCACGUCCCGCGGUGGCAGCAGCGGCCUCAACGCCGAGCAGGCCGCCGCGCGCAGCCUCUGGAGGCCGGUCAGCGAGUUCUCCUCCUCGGACUCGCGGCCCAGCGAGCGGGCCUCGCCGAAAGGUCAGCUCGUCACGGAGACCUGGAGCAGCAGCAGCGGAGGCGGCGGCAAGCGUCUCAGCGCGCACCUGGCGUCCACCCCUCAGGCCGAGGUCCUGAACACCGAGCGGGACGCGUCCUUCGGCUACGGCGACACCCAGGCCGCUCUCCGCGGAGGGACCUCCAACUCGCCCCCUCGCGUUGACCCCGCCUCUCCCUCCGUCUACACCCUUGACCCGUGGGGGGUGCGGACCGUGACCGGCGGCGGAGGAGGCAAGAAAGACAGAGGAGGCGCGGCUGCGGAGGAGGAGCAGGAGGAGGAGGAGGUGGUGAACAAGGACAGGGAGGCGAAGGAGCACUCGAGUCUUCGCGUCAAAGACGAGGCGCUGGAGGAGAGCAUCCAGCCUCCGGAGCUGGAGUCCAGCGUGACCCAGGACCCCGUGUGGGCCGUGGCCGAACGCCCCAACAGCAGCCACGUCCUCAAGCUGAGGCCCGAGACCGAGUGGGCGGCGGGGAGAACGGCCGCCGGGGGUGGCGGCGGGGGCAGGAUGGGUCACGGACUGAUGUUCGAAGAGGCGGAGGAGGUCGGUGAGGACAACGAUGAUGAUGAUGAUGAUGAGGAUGGCGGUAACGAGGGCAGAGGCCACAACGAAGGCGGCGGGAAACGUUCUCGCAGCAGGCGAAGCUGGAUCUGGAACCAGUUCUUUGUGAUCGAGGAGUACACUGGCCCAGAACCUGUACUCAUCGGACGGCUCCACACAGACAUGGACCGGGCUGACGGCCGCACGCGCUACAAGCUGCGUGGGGAUGGCGCCGGCUCUGUGUUUGUCAUCGACGAGAAGACGGGCAACAUCCACGUCACCAAACCCCUGGACCGCGAGGAGAAGGACGAGUACCGCCUGAUCGCCACGGCGACCGACCGCCAGACCGACCGGGCGCUCGAGCCCUCGUCCACCUUCAUCAUCCGCGUGCAGGACAUCAACGACAACCCGCCCAUUUUCGAGGAGGCACCCUACAGCGCCACCGUGCCGGAGAUGGCCAACAUAGGCACCUCCAUUAUCCAGGUGACAGCUACUGAUGCGGACGACCCCACCUACGGCAACAGCGCGCGGCUGGUGUACACGCUGGUCCAGGGGCAGCAGUAUUUCUCCGUGGAUCCCCAGACAGGAAUCCUUCGGACAGCUGUUCCUGACAUGGACCGGGAAACUCAGGAUCAGUAUUUGGUUGUCCUACAGGCCAAGGACAUGGGCGGCCAUCUUGGAGGUCUCUCAGGAACCACCACGGUUACUGUGCACCUAAGCGAUGUGAACGACAAUCCGCCACGCUUUUCACAGAGUAUGUGGUCAUUCUCCGUGUCGGAGUUGGCAGUGCCCGGAGCGGAGGUGGGCCGUAUCUCGGCAACAGAUGCCGACCUGGGCGAGAACGCCAAGCUGGAGUACACCAUCCUGGAGGGCGAGACGGGGGACAUCUUCAACAUCACGGGCAUGAACCAGGAGGCCAUCCUCGUCCUCAACAAGCCGGUGGACUACGAGAGCCGCAGCUCCUACUCGUUCUCGGUGGAGGUGCUGAACCCCAUGGUGGACCCUCGCUUCCUGCGCCGCGGCCCCUUCAAGGACCGCGCCUCCAUCCGCGUGUCCGUGCUGGACGCCGACGAGCCGCCGCGCUUCUCCCGCACCCGCUACCGGCUGGACGUGUCCGAGAACUGCCCGCCCGCCUGCACCGUGGGUCGGGUCAGCGCCGUGGACCCGGACACUGGGCUCAACUCCAACAUCAGGUUCUCCAUUGACCCUCAGUCGGACCCCGAGGCUCUGUUCCACAUCACCCCGGAUACGGGCCUCAUCACCACGGCAGCCGAGCUGGACCGCGAGCGCGAGCAGUGGCACAACCUCACGGUCAUCGCCAUGCAGAGAGACAGUCCAAGCCAGGUGUCCAGGGUGGUGGUUGCCAUAGAGACGCUGGACCUCAAUGACAACGCGCCCGAGCUGGACCGCCAGUACACGACGGCCGUGUGCGACUCCACGGCCGCUGGACAGGUGGUGCAGGUGUUGCGGGCGAUUGAUAGAGACGAAGGGGGGAAUGACAGCACCGUCCAUUUCAACAUCCCUCCGGAGUCCGGCGCUGCCCUCAACUUCAGCAUCAGGGAGAGUGGAGGUCCCACGGCCAGCCUGGUGCUGGUGUCCCCGCUGCAGACGCUCUCCCGCUCGCCGUCCUCGUCGCUGACCCUCCACGUGCCGCUGAUCCUGCGCGACGGCGCCUCGGGCAUGACCAACACGGGCACGGUGACGGUGACGGUGUGCCCGUGCCUGCGCGGCGGCGCGCGCGCCAGCGAGAAGGAGCGCCAGCAGGAGGCGGAGGGCAGCGAGUGGGAGCGCGAGGCCGUCUGCCUGCCCCAGCCGUCCUCCUCGCCCUCCCCGGGACUCAGCACCGCCGCCCUCCUGGCCAUCCUGGCCUGCGUCGCCACCCUGCUGGCUGUCAGCGCUCUCUCGCUCUCGCUGCGGCGGCAGAAGCGCGACUCGCUCUCGCCUCUGGAGGAGGACGACGUGCGCGAGAACAUCAUCACCUACGAUGACGAGGGCGGCGGCGAGGCCGACACGGCCGCGUUCGACAUCGCCGCGCUGCAGAGCGCCCCGCACGGCGUGCGCCGGGGAUACCGCACCCUUGACAGCAGGAACAUACGGUACUCGCAGCACAUGCAGCAGGACAAGAGCCGCACCUACAGCUGGGCGCAGGCAGGGGCGGGCGGCGGGGUGGGGGCGCUGGAGCCGGCCUACUCGGCCUCGGUGGCGCCCCUCUACGGGCGCCUGUGCUACAGCAGCCAGACGCUGCCCGUGCUGCGGCGCGGGCAGGGCCCGCUGGAGCCCGGCGCCGCCGAGCUCGGGGGCUACCGCAUCCCCGGCGGCCCGGCCGACCACUCGCUGGUCAUCCAGAACCAGGGCGCCAUGGUGGGCACGCUGGAGCACUGCGGCAUGUACGGGGAGAGCGGCGGCGGCGGCAUCGGCAGCCCCAGGGAGGGCGCCACGUCUCAGGACGGAGCGACGGCGUCGGAGGGGGGCACGCCGCGGACCAACGACAGCAAGGAGAGACUGGGCGGAGGGACAGGGACCGACUCCAGCAGCGACGCCCAGCAGAGCCAAGACCUGGACUGGAAGCGCGCCCUCAUCCUUCCCCUGACUGACCCGUUCCUUCCUCCCCGGCCCCUGCAGGUCCAGCCGGAGGCCGGCGGCGGGCGCGAGCAGCAGACGCUGGUGCUGACCCGCUCCGGCUCGCUGGCGGGCACCGCCACCGGCAUCGCGGCGGGCGGCUGGCUGUGCGACUCGGCCACGCUGCCGCUGGCCGGGCGCCGGUCCUCCCACGCCGACUUCUCGCCGAAGCGCGGCAGCAUCGCCACCGGCAGAGGGCCCUCGGAGGCCAUGCUGGACGGCGGCGGCGGCGGCGCCAAGGAGACCCAGACGCAGUCGCUCAGCCGCAACUACGCCACGGUGGUGCCCGUGGACGGGCCGAGGGACUACGUGGGCAGCCUGGGCCGCGGCGGGGGCUUGGAGAUGGGCAGCAGCUUCGUGGUGGCGCGGCCCGAGAGGGAAGGGGGCAUCCCGUUGUCGGGCCCGCCCUGCGGGGGCCUGUACCCGGACGGAGGGGCGUUCAUGGCGGACUGGCGGGAGCGGGUGGGCAUGGGAGGAGGGUACGUGCUGGCCAGGAGGGAUAUGACGCCCCAGCUGCUGCCGUUCCCCGGCCAGGGCCGAGGCGGGGCGGCGGCGGCGGCGUUCGGAGCGGUGCUGGGCUACGGUGGCGGCGGCGGCGGCUGGGGCUCGGGGCCAGAGGCGGGCAGGGCUUCGACGGGGGGCGGCGGCGGUCACUCCCUGGCCCUGCGCGUGGGCGAGUUCCUGCGCCUGCGCCUGGCCCAGGUCACCUUCGACCCCUCGCAGCCGCCGUACGACUCGGUGCAGGUGUACGGCCUGGAGGGCACGGGCUCGCGCGCCGGCUCGCUCAGCUCGCUGGAGAGCGAGGGCGACAAGGAGCCCGACAAGGAGGAGUGGGGCAAGGGCAUGGAGGAGUGGGGGCCCCAGUUCCACAAGCUCGCCCUGCUCUUCCGCGAGCGCGAGAAGGAGAAAGGAGACAAGCGAGGCAGCGAGGGAGGAGGAGGAGGAGGAGGAGAGGCCGAGCCCCAGGAGGGGAGCGAGGACGGGGAGAAGGAGGCGAGGGAGAGCGAGGAGGGCAAGGACUGAGGGGGUUGAGGGGGACAGCGAGGGAGAGAGGGAAUGAGAAGGGACAUGAGAGAGAGAGAGAGAGAGAGAGAGCGAGAGAGAGAGAGGUGAGAGGAUGAUUAAAAAGCAACAUGAAAAGAGAGGGCGAAAGGAGAGCGAGAUGAAGAGGGAGAGUAAUGGGAGAGGACAAAGAAAAACGAGCGCAGGCGAGCGGCGGCGAAGCAGAGGCCGAGCGAGAGAGUGAUUGAUGCAAUUUAAAGCAAUAAGUGUUGAGAGGCUUGAUGUGAGCACAGACAAGACGACGCGGUGCUUCUCUAUUGCGUAUUUACUGUUUGUUAAGUGUUCUGGACACCCUACGAAAACAACGAGUCAAAGCCUCCUAGACAGUAUUUAAUUAUGCUCUGCUUAGAGGGUGAUGGAGAUAGAGGGAAAGAGACAGAGGGAGGGAGAGAGGGCGAAAACAAGAUUGCAAGAGAAAGCCUGUGAGAGGGAUUGAGAGAUUGAGAGUGACUAAGACCUUAGAUAAUGUUUCUGGGGCAUUGCGAGACAAAGCAUCCACAGGGGAGGCACAGAAACUGGGGUAGCACACGGUGCGUACGAAAAGUAAUAAGAAACAAUGGCGAGGGAGUGGAAGGGAGAUUUGUCCAGAAUCUGUUGCUUUUAUACAUCCGACUGACAGUAAAGUGAAUAAUUCAGUUUGCCAUGUCAGUCCUAAAGGAAGCUAUAAAUAUUUAAACAUUAAAGGAAAUAAACGUCUGUUCCUUUUGAAUCGGAUCAGAGAAAUGCGCAGUGGGGAGACGUGCUGUUUCAAUGGAUGUCAACACCCAUAAUGUUUCCGUGCAAAAUUUGUUGUAAUAAUA